UAUUGAAUCUGCUUUGACUAAGAAGGGAAACGUGACAGGCAAGGGACUGUGGUUUCACAGCACACCAAGCAAUUUCCUGCACCGUAUUCUACAUAAUCACGACCUCCGUAAAGAAUGAAGUCGUUUGGAAAGGUAAAGUGGUCGAGUCGUGUUUCGGCACCUACACCUACCUCUUUCACAUGUUUUCCUCUCGAGCUACGUAAUAUAUCCAAGGUCGGGAAACCCGACUGGUCAUCUUAAAUGAGAACGAGGAUGAAUCAGAGAGAAACGGCGCAAGUUUGACGACACAAAUACCGCGUAAUGAAAUACGUGUAAAAAAAGAGCAUCUCUAAAAUCCUUGAUGUCAUAAGAAGUGGCGGUUCCCAGUCUUCAUGUGGAGGGAAAUACCCUGAGGUUGCUAGAAGUGGGGGUAAGAAAGCCGUUUAAUGACCUUCAGUACUGAACCUUUAUUAGCGAAGUAAAGACAGAAAGUGCAAGCAUUUGUAGGACAGCAGCGCUUGUUUGCUGGACGGCACUAACCGUAGCAGCAACCAGCAACUUCACCAAUUAUUAACACUUCAGGACAGUGUUUCAGUUGAACUGUUAAUUCAAAAUGCCAGCUUCUGCAGAUAUCAUCACUGUGUCUCAACCUUUGGAGAACCUGAACGGAAAACACGGCCUGUCUGGGUCGUACGAAGAUGUGAAAGUUGCAGACGAUACUGCGGUUCCUUCUUUUUCGCCAUCUCCUGGAUACGUCACUGAGAAGUCAACAAGAAACGUACCCUGGUUUGCGAGUCUUCCAGACAAAAAGCAACACUCUAAGUUCCUGAAGGAAGCCGUCGACCUGAUGUUGGAGGAAGCCGUGUUUCAGGCCACCAACAGAAGCAAUCGCGUUGUGGAGUGGAGAGCCCCCGAGGAACUCCAGAAACUGAUAGACCUAGACUUGGCAGCUGAACCAGUCAGUCACGACAAGCUGCUGCAGCUUCUAAAGGACGUCAUUCAGUAUAGUGUGAAGACUGGGCACCCCUUCUUUGUUAACCAACUGUUCUCCAGUAUUGAUCCAUAUGGUCUGGUGGGACAAUGGCUGGGAGAUGCCUUAAAUCCCAGUGUCUACACAUAUGAGGUGUCCCCCGUAUUCACACUUAUGGAGGAGACUGUGCUCUGUGAGAUGCGUCAUAUCAUUGGUUUUCCUCAUGGCCAUGGAGAUGGCAUCUUUUGCCCCGGUGGAUCCAUUGCAAAUGGCUACGCCAUCAGCUGUGCCCGUUACUAUCACAUGCCAGAUGUUAAGAACAAAGGACUACAUGGCAUGCCUCGACUUGUUCUCUUCACCUCAGAAGAUGCUCAUUAUUCUAUCAAGAAAAUGGCAUCUCUUCUCGGUCUUGGUUCUGACAAUGUUUACCUGGUUCACUGCAACUCAAAAGGAAAAAUGGAUGUUCAACAUCUUGAGCAACAAAUUCAGACUGCUUUGGAGGAGGGAGCUGUCCCAUUCAUGGUGUCUGCGACUGCAGGGACAACAGUACUUGGGGCAUUUGAUCCUAUCCCUGAAAUUGCAGACCUGUGCUCGAAGUACAAGCUCUGGCUGCAUGUAGAUGCUGCCUGGGGAGGAGGUGCCCUUGUUUCAAAGAAGCAUAGGCAUCUCCUUGAAGGAAUUGAAAGGGCUGACUCAGUCACAUGGAACCCACACAAGCUGCUGACAGCCCCCCAGCAGUGCUCCACUUUCUUGCUUCGUCAUGUUGGUGUACUAUCUGCCUGCCACUCAGCUAGUGCACAGUAUCUCUUUCAGAAGGAUAAAUUUUAUGACACUAAGUAUGACACUGGGGACAAGCAUAUCCAGUGUGGCAGACGUGCUGAUGUUCUCAAGUUCUGGUUCAUGUGGAAGGCCAAGGGCACAAUUGGCCUAGAGAAACAUAUUGACACAGUAUUUGACAAUGCUACCUACUUUUUGAAACAAAUCAGAAUGCGAGAAGGAUUCCGCUUGGUACUGCAGGAGCCUGAAUGCACCAAUGUGUGCUUCUGGUACAUCCCUCCCAGUCUGCGAGGCCACGAGAACCAACCAGACUUCAAUGAAAGAUUACACAAGGUGGCACCCAAAAUCAAGGAACGAAUGAUCAAGGAAGGUUCAAUGAUGCUGACUUACCAACCGCUGCGAGACCAGCCAAACUUCUUUCGACUUGUCUUGCAGAAUUCUGGCACAGACAGGGCAGACAUGGACUAUAUUGUUCGGGAGUUUGAAAGGCUCAGUAGUGACCUGUAACAUUCAUAACCAAAUUACUUGCAUUUAAUUUAAAAAUACUGUUACAUAUCAUGGCAGUAAUUCAGACAUAAUGAAUCUAGGUCCACUUACUACUGAAUUACUGUCAAAGAAAAGAAGUUAUCAGUCAUAAUUUAUGGUGUUGGAUGGCACAUGUCUGAUAUUAAGAUAAUAUCAGUUUGGUAUUCAAACAAUGGAUUUACAACAGAUAUAAUUUUAUGUAUGAAGCCUUAAAUUGUAGCAAGUGCAUCAAUUGUAGUCAAAUACUACCACAGAAAAUUUAAAUAAAUACUGUGAGCAUAGUGGUGGCCUAAUGGCAGUGAAUAAACAUAAUUUACAUGUACACUGUAAGAUGCUUUAAAGAAUGUGUACCACAAGAUAUGCUGGAAGAUAGCAGAAAUUGGUGUCUGAAAAUACUGUUAUCAAGGCUUUAAAAAUUAUGCCAAGCCAUAGUUGCUAAAAUAAAGCUUCUUUUGCCACACCAAAGCAUUUAAAAUUUACCCUAUUAGAGAUUGUGCAUAAUACUUUAAACAAGGGGUUCUCAAUCUUCUCCAAACCUGGGGUCACAGAUGUGCUUCUUAUUAAGUUGUGGGCCAAAAGGUUAUAAAUAAAGAUAGUUAAUUAAGAAGCCUGUUUAUUUAAAGUGUUACUAAAUUGGGCCUACUAUUGCGUACAGUUUCACAUAUUAAGUCUGUUCAGUAAUUUACUUAACAUGCCCUCUAAUGUUGUUAGACCAGAUGUGUCUGAUUAAGCAAAUACACUGAUACACCCAUCUGGCAUGAUGCCCUCAAUAAGUUUAGUGUAAUAUUAAGCUGUAAAUGGCUCAAAUUAUAGAAGGAAGCUAUGCUGUCACUGGUUCUACAAAACAUUAAAAGUAACACUUUAAUGUUCUGCUAACCUAAACCAGGUAGGAGCACUGUGUGGUAUGGGGGCUGUAUUCUGCACUUAUUACAAACACUACUGUUUAGCAAGAUCUUGUGUUUGAUUUUAUUUAAUGUGAUUUAUAGGAAAUUAAAACAGAAUUGAAAUUGUUUUAA